UUUUGCCACGUGAUUCUCUGAAAGAGGUAAACGGGUCUUUGCUUCAUUCUUCCGCCUGCUGGACAGUUUUAUGCAGCGUUCACAGCUUUCCGAGGAGCAGAAAGAGAGCACUUCAAAGAAUAAUCAUGCCGAUGUUCGUGGUGAACACUAACGUGGCCAAAAGCGACGUACCGGCGGCUCUGCUGUCUGAGGCCACCGAGGAGCUCGCCAAAGCUAUGGGCAAACCUGCACAGUACAUUGCUGUGCAUAUCAACCCUGACCAAAUGAUGAUGUUUGGAGGAAAGGGAGACCCCUGCGCACUCUGCUCCCUCCACAGUAUUGGCAAGAUCAGCGGUGCUCACAACAAGCAAUACUCAAAACUACUGUGCGGGAUGCUCAACAAACACCUGGGCAUCUCUGCUGACAGGAUUUAUGUUAACUUCGUGGACAUGGAUGCAGCCAACGUGGCCUGGAACAACACUACAUUUGGCUGAGAUGGAGGUCAACACGCUGAAACCGAAGCUCAUUCCAGUAUUUUACGACAUGAAUGAACGUAGUUAAAACCGGCAGAAUGGAGAAGUAGAGACACUCGGUGAUCCGCUCUUAACAUACUGUACGACUCUCCUAAACGCACUUAUCUAGACCCUAAAGCUUUGCACUGAUCCUUUCUUGUUACAAUAAAGCAAAUCUUGUAGAAUGUAAAUGAA